UAGUGUACCGCACAAAUGGAGUUCAAGCUGUUAAGCAUUUAUUCAAUUUUCCUCGACCGCCCCCGAAUGAAUUCAACUUAGCCAUGUACUCCGUAUCUCUGAGUUCAAUUUUCCAAACGAAUCUAAUUCACCCAGUGCAAUGAAUUUCCCAUCUCGCUAGCAAGCUCCAAGCAGCAACGCGGUGAGCAUAUCUACCGAACGUUAUCAUCAUACGGAGGUUCAACCUGGCCCAGCCACGGCGAGAAUCUUGACGGUUGAUCGCUCGAAAUUCCAUCACUCUCCAUCUACUUCAAAAGAAAAUACACGCACGCGCCAGGUUCACCGAUUGUACUGUACGAUCGUGGUCAUUGAAGACGGAGAGGUUCACCGCGAGAGAGAGGCCCCAAAAAACUUUCUUUCUCAAGAUCUGCCGCGCCAGCCGUGGCCGUGAUCGUGGGGGAAAAGGUGGACCGCUGGAAUUUCUUCGUCUUCAUUCUGUCUAGUGCCGUUGAGUAGGACGGACGUGGAAGGUCUUAGCUGUUGCGGGCCCUAUCAAGUGGCUCAUUAGGCGUUGUUUGGAGAAAUCCUCAAGCGGAAGAGCGAGUAUCCCAGCGAAAGCAGUCUCGAAAAGGAGGAGAUACUAAAAAGCAGCCGACGAAGAAGAGGAAGAGCAAGAAAAACAAGAAGGUUGUGAUCUGAAGAAAUUAAAAGCGACUCUUGGAAAUUUCUUCCAAUCUCUUGUGGUCUCUCGGUGUGUAGUGUGACUCUCAAGCCUUGGAUGGUGUGGCUAAGUGUGGGUUAGGGAAACGGUGGACACACAUCGGAGGGUGAAAGAAAGUAUACGUUAAGCUCCCCUUCUUCGGGCCCGGAGCUUAGAGUGGCGCAUUUCGAAGAUCGGGCGGUGGAGAGUGAGAGAUGAAACCGUGGCAGCGCAGGUUUUGUUUUUAAGGAAAAUAAAAUAUUGGUUAAUGUGUGUCAGUUGGUUGAUAACUAUUAAAACGGAAUCUUUCUCUUCUUGGCACCUUUCUUUCGGAUCGAGAAGCUGAUGAAUUUUAGAUAAGAUUUCGAAAAUUAAUUUGGGAGAAACGAAGUGGAAGGUGAAAUCGAAAAAGUCGAUUACGACUGUGAAGUGACAAUUGGAAGGAUCUCAACGUUACAAAUUGACAUUGACUGAUUAACUUGGUUUCGCUGGUACUAAUAAUUUGUUGCUUCAAUAUCCCCACAAAACCAUCCCAUAAGUCAUCCAGCAUCCCGGUUUCAAGUAAAAGGGAAAAUAAAAAACAGGAAGUGCUAAGUAGUGACGACAAAACUCGUGCAAGUUGGAAAAUCAGUGAAAGCCUAUCCUCCUAUCAAUCGACUCCGAAGAAAUCGAAAACGCACCACACUGAAGAAAACAAGUUGACCGAGAAAACAAGAACAGGUUCGUCGCUUGCUGCUGGAUGACAAAUUAAAGUCUCUCUCUCUGCUGUUGCCGCGUUUCGCUCGGGUGGAUCUGUGCAAACAUACCUACUACUACCAACCGUAGACAUUGAGCCGUGCAGGGCAGUUGGUCAAGCGUAAGGUCUGGAGAUUUCCCCUUUUCGGGUGAAAAGAAACGACUAACGUCAGCAAAAGACAUCUUCAGACUCGACGGCGGACUACAGAGGAGUGAUUUGCAGCCACGAAGAAGCCUUGGAAAGAUUAUUUUCAUCGCUUCUUCCCUUCCAUCGUAUUGUAGCAAAUUUUUCGCACAACAGGUGUUCAUUAUCGAGGACAACGUAGAAUUCGUAAUUAAGGGUUAGUGACAUCUAACAAUGGGGAAAAGAAAUCGGCUAGUGCCGAUAGGUGUCCUCAUCUGUUUGGUCCUGUACACGGGAGCCGCAGUGAAGGCAUUUAACUUCGAUGAUGAUUUGGAAGAUCUGAUGGCGGAAGAAUCAAUCGUGGAUGAGGAAGUCUAUGGAGGACCCAUUUUACCGUCGAACGUAUUCAACGAUGGAAAACCAUUCUACGUUGAGCGUGACCCUUCAACAGGAGCAAUUGAUUUCAACCAUAAGAAAACUGGCAAUCAGAUUGAUCUAGAUGACAAAGGAUCUUAUGAUACAAAGGACAGUCACGUCAGUGACACUAAAGAUGUAAUCGUUAGUCAAUCUUCGCCAAACUUCCAUGAUUUCUUAAAUCUACCAGUGAAGUAUUCCUCUUCGAACUUUGUUUACCCGUUGAUUUCGAGUUCUUACGCCAACUUGAAAUAUCAGGGUAGCAACAAAGUGUCAAAUCACAAGAAUGUGUCUUCAACUCCUUCUACAACGACAGCUGCUCCGAAAUUCCAAUUUACGCGUCCUCAGUACACAACUGCCAGGCUUAAUACGACACGAAACCAACCAAGUCCUACCACCAUUCAAGUGACUCAACCAUCUUCUCGUUAUACUUAUCCGACUACUUCAGGAAGACCGAUAACGACAACGACUACUACCACGACCACCGAAACACCGAUGACAACCAUUCCUGCUAAGCAAUUGUUUACCAGAUACCCUUAUAAGAGUACUAUCAAAAACAAAUACUUAGAAACGACAGAACAAACUCGUAAGAAAUUCUUCUUACCCUCGACUCUGUCUAUGCCGACCACGACUACUACACAACGACCUCAGUCAACUGAACCACAGACAACUCCCGUUCGUUCUUCAACGUACUAUUCACCUUCAGUACGACCGUGGACUAGCCCAUCUUCAUCCCAACCUAUCACCACGACUCCUGAGCCAACCACUGAAUCCCGUCCUGCAAACCCAAUCCGUUUUGAGGACACUAAACCAUCCUCACCGGAAGAGGACCCAGCCCAUAAGAUGAAGUAUACCAUACCAGCACUCAAGUAUGAAGGUAACCGUCCAGCACCAUUCCGACCACUGCCGCCGAGCCACAUCAUGUUGAACCGUAAAAAUGAAACCAGCAACAAAAUCGACCUUCCAAAGGAUCCUGCUGUUAUGUCCCUUUCUGAUAUCUUCAACUCGCUCGGCUUGGAUGACAAGCAAGCUGCCGCAGAAGAGAAGGAGAAUAAUGUAGUCUUUGAAACAACCGUUGCUCAAACAACAGAGCAAACAACGCCACCAGCGAUUGUGCUGAUUUCGGAUCAGCAACAGCAGGCAUCUAUUCCGGACGGUCCGAAAAUUGAGCAGUCUAUUGACCUUACUGAUCAGUAUGUGAAGUACGAUAUCCAGCAAUCGAAUGGCCAUCGUCCGCAGAAACCAAACAAUGACCAAUAUGACCAUUACGAAGUAUAUCAAUCUAACGGACACAGGCCGCAGAGUCCUCCUAAAGAAACGAAUUUCGGUAAUCAAUAUGUCAAGUACGAAGUGCAACAACCUCAAAUCAACAUAGUGAAAUAUGGAUCGGUUCCAAGCAUGAACAGUGUUGUAAUCAGUCCAAACCAGCAUUCAGCCACAUUCGUUUUGGGAUCUCAACAAUCGGUGGGAAGUUCAAGUGAUGGACAUUUUGUGAGCUCGGUGUCGCAGGAACCUGCCUCAGCUGCCCUUAAUGGUCACCCGACGGGCUAUCAAAUGGGUCAGGUGCUGGACGAACCGAAUGAAACCUCCAAUGUGAAGGUAGGAACUUCAGUCAAUGUUCAAGUGAAGCCUCAAGAUAUCAUCAAAACCACCAGCGUACGCUUCCCCAGUGAAAGCGACGACAAAUACGAAAAUGCACCUAUCAUUAGUGGCACACAUAAGAGUGAAGUAUUGCCUCCAAAUGGACAUUCUGCUCCUAUUGGCAUGGGCCCCAAUUCUAUGGUCGUGUUCCCUAAAAAUGACCAAAUCGAAAGUACUCUCCAUAAAGUGUCAAACAGAAUCGUCUUCGAUACACCGAACAGUGAAGCUUUGAACAAGAACGAAAUUUCAAGUUACCCUUCAGAUCUACCAGAACAACUUACUCCUCCGUCCAACCCAGACAAUUCCCAACUUUCAAAACGCCCCAGACCCCCAAUUCCCGCUCAAGGACCGCCAUUCAUUUACAAAGAAAUCCAACGUCGGCCAUAUCCGGGAGGUAUUCGACCACCCCUACAACUACCGAAUAUUUUGCCCCAGUUCCGUCCGAAUGCAAAAAUAUCACAUGGCCAUCCUCCGUAUCAUAAAGAAGCCGGUAAUUUCCGAGUACCACCACCACCAGGCAAAAGUCUUCCUGCCAAUGGACCACCACGAAAACCAUUCGCUGAUCCUUCAACAACUCAUUCUCAACCUUCAACUUUAGCUAUCCGCAGAGCGACAGGCCCAACUAGAUUCAUGAAUCGCAUCAAUACCAUGCGUCCUCCUCAACAGAUGGAAGGCCCCAACGAAAACCGUCGCUACUACCGUCUCCCACCUCCUAUGAUAAAGGACCGUGUAUUCCACAUUGCUCCCCCAAAUCUCAAGCCACCUCCACCACCUGGUUCAUCUCCAGCUUCUAGAUUUGCUGAAAGCUAUGCUCCUCCCACACCCGAAAAGACUGUACAGAGUCGUAAACCUGAGGAACCGGAAAAUAAUGAAUUCCAACGAGAUCCUCCAACUAUCCUUAAAAACACCAUGACAGAAGACAAACCGCAACGUCCCAAACUGGAACCCGUAGUAACCUUGCAAAUGCUCCAAUCGAAAAAGCAAACCGAACAGUCCAAACAUAAGUUGCCAUCAGGUCAAAAGCUAGACUUGGCCGUUGAGGGUCAACCCCCCUCUUCACCCGUUCAAGCUGUGAGCACCGAUGGAGCGCAACCAGUUUAUGUAGUCUACCCCGUCAAGAGUACACCCAUGAAUCUGGAUUCGGUCCAUGCAGGAAGUCACAUCGAUUCCGUCGUGGUUGGACACAACGGAGAGCAACCACCUCUUCCCCCACCACCGGCAAGAAUUAGCCCAGGGAACGAAUACCAAAACACUCCUUUUUCGAUAGCAUCUCAUUUCGAGCAGGAACCAAUUCUAAUGGCGAAGGACAAGAAACAAAUUCCUAAGCUUCAUUUCCCGUAUAAUAUUGAAAAACCAGAUCCCCACACUUUAAUCGAGAUGGAAAACGAAUCAAAGAAUCGCAUGCCGGAGAUCAUAGAGAAGAAACAGGAUACCGUUUACAAUAUCGGCGAAGAACCCAUCAGCAAGGAACAGUCGGAAGAUUCCGUCAUUUCCAGCAAAUUGCAGCGAGUCACCGAAAGUACGCCCAUCGCUAUUGCUUACACUCCAACGGAAUCUACCCAAAAGUUCAACUACAAAAAACAUCCCAAUUCUCCAUACUAUUCACCGUAUGGUGAAACACAAACCGAGGUAUCCUAUCUCAAAAUGGACGAUUUCGAUGAAUUCGGAAAUCCUGCCCACCGAUACGAACAGAGCUUCCAAGCUCCAUUCCAGGCCAGCAUUAGUCUGGAUCCAGUUAAGGUUACCAACCCAUACGAGGGAUGGGCAGUUGUAACAUCUUCACCCCAAGCACUGGUAAAAGAACAGAACAAAAUUGAUCGUUCGGACGAUCAUCACUACGAAGAGCAUGAUUUGUCUACGCAGAAACCUUCCGAGAAAGGAGGCUUCCAACCGGAACUCCAAGGAGGUUUCCGGCCCAUCUACGCAGAAGAUGUUAAGCUUAGCGAGAUGAUGAAUCCUGACCCCCAGUCGAGAAAUGCAUUCCUAAUGGAGCGCGAUAGCGAGCCAGAUCUUCCGGUAAAACAAGAACCGAAACCGGUGCAAGAUACAGUUAAAGAACCCGAAAGAAAGCCUUUGUUCGACAGCUUAGAAGCAUUUUUCGAUAACUUGACUAAAGAUUAUGAUGACAAUACUGAGAUGGCAGAGCUUGGCGAUGACAUGGAAGAAAGUACCGCUAAAAUUAGCAACGAACUCGAAGGAAGAAGUAGCGACAAUGCCAUCACUGAAGAGGCUACAGACGAAUAUAACACCGAAGAACCGGCUAGAGAUAAGCAAGCGAGUGUAGAAAAGGAAGAGAGCGUAAAGAAAUGAGCGUGGUAGGGUUUUGCUUGGGUUUGAAUAUUUUGGCACGAGUUUGUAUCGAAUCAAACACAUUGUCAAUCAGAAAGCAUCCGUGAAAACGGAUGCCGAUUAGGUGAAAAAUGCAUUUUGAGGUUACAGUGAUAACAAUCUCACAUAGUAAAGCUAGAUUUUACUAAAGAAAAUCAACAUCUUGAGUAUCUAAUGUUAAGUGCAAAUCUUCGGGCGCGAUUAAGCUUCCUGUACCCUUUCACAACAUUCUAAAUUAUCCUGCAUGUCACACCUCCAAAUCUAUUUGAAUACAAAAAGAAGUAUAUGCGUGAAAACAUAAAAGAAGCUAGUCAGCUAAACUUAAUAUUAGAUACUUGAUAAACCAAUUAAGUAAUAAACAAAAAAACAACAAGAAACAUUCCGAACCAAUCCCUUCUCCAUUACACUUGUAUAGUUGUUAUUAAUUUCUAAAUUACAUCUAAUUUUAGACUGAUGAUAAUGCUGUAUAGGAAAUUGAGCAAAAGUGAGCUAAAUUAUCAGAAGAGAAAUGAUAGAAAUAAGGUACACGCUGCCAGCCGCACAAAAUCGAUUUACAGCCCAAUAAUUUGGGCUUAUCAAUCUGUGCGGAAGUGAAGUAAAAAAAAAAUCAAAGGAAAAAAUGCAUACAAACAAGUAGUAACUCGUGAAAAUGCAAUUAUCGCAUCACACAACUAGGUAUCGCUGAAGAAUCAUAGGGAUGAGUGAGGUAAAGCUAAAAACUCAAGAAUCGAUUACUUUCAUGCUCUCUUCUUUCUAAUGCUCGCACGCUCUGAUAUUCGAUGUUCUUGUUUAGCACCAUCGACGGAAAAAACGUAGUCUUUAUCGCAGACACCCGAAUUAUUGUGACGACUUUAACCUAAACUUUAUUAGGACUUACGGUGUAGCUAUUUAGGAUAGACAAAGGCAACUCCUAUUUAUUUAUCUAUUUAUUUAUGAACUGUCAACUGGAAUUAUUUAGGAACGGAACCUUCUUCUAGAGGAAUCAAGAUCAGUAUCAUUUAACUUACCUCAAUAGCAGAACUUAAAACAUACGAUGCCGAGGAUGAUUUGUAGGUUUUAAUUAUGGUAAUAAAAUAGUGAUAAAUAUAAAAGAAACAGUUUAAAUAAUAGUAUCACAGCCAUUUAAGACUC